UUCCCCAAGCUGUGACUAGGAGAAUGGCACCCCACAUUCACCUAGUCCCGCCGUGGCACACACUUCUCUUUGAGGAGUGAUGCUGGUAUCGCCAAAAAACCUACAAUCCUCUGACUGGAUUCUGGAUCAAUGAAAGAGAGAGAGUGAAGGAGCAGAGAGGGGUGUCUGUGUGUGGAUUUUCAGCCACAGCUGUUGAGCUACCCCACGUACGUGCUCAGAUCCAGAGAGACGCGCAGAAGCAGCAGACCGUCCUUCUCCUCUCCGCUCUCCAGAGGCGCGUCUAAAACCCACCAGCUCCUGGAUUUUACUCCAACUUUUCUUUCUCUUUUUUAUUUUUAGUUUUUUUUCUUCUCACGAUUAUCUCUUCCUUGUCGCAUUCCUCCAAGCGUUGGGAAUGACCGCUUUCCCCAUCUGCGUCGUUUCCAUGUCAGCAUGGGAACUGCCGCGUCCAAAAGGAAGAAUCUAAGAAACGAUGCGAUAUCUUCUGUGGCAGCAAAAGUUAGCUCACCUUCAGUGUGAAACCUUGUUGGUGGGUCCUGAUCCAGAGUUGCCGAGUGACCCGAGUGGACUCAGCAAUAAGACUCACGUUCCUCCCUGCUCCUCUGCCAAAGGACAUUCGAAUAAACUAGAUCAUAUCCUUGCGAAGGAAAAGCUGGCAUUAAUCCAGCCUCCUUUUCCAUCAAACACUAUUCCUCCCAAGCCAACUUGUCUCUCGCUUGAACAUAGCUUCACAGCAGAGGAGGACCAGAAGACGUCUACUGAGUGCACCCGUGUGUACACCAUCACCUCCCAGCACGGUAUGCUGAUGAGCAGCGGCCGGGGCAGCAAAGAGAGCCUAGAACUGGACAUCCUGAAGGAAAAGUCGAGGAGUGGUGGGGUAGGGUCUAAAAGUGGCCCGAUCCAGCCCUCCACCUCUCCAUCCUCCGCCUCCUCAUCUCCAACCCAGUAUAUCCGCUCGAGCAGCAGCCGUGGCAUCAGCAGCUGUAGCCACACUCACCACGGCAAUCACCACCACCACCACACGGCCGUCUCUGGAACAAAUACCUCGUCCAGCAGCGGUGGAAUCAGUGGGGCAAGCGGAUGCAGCAGUAGCAACCAACAGCAGCAGAUGGUUGGAGCAUCUCACUCUCAUCACGCAGCCCACCACCACUCCCAUUAUCACCAUCACCUAUCCCAACCACCACUGCAGACCUCAGUCAGUGCCCACAAUAUCCGAAGCCUUGCUGAUGGGAGAGGGGAAGCCGAGUGCAGUGGGCUGGCUUGCGACUCAUGCAGCGGUGCUCCUUCACGUAGCCAGGGGUCACUGGACCUGGAGAGUACGUCCCGAGAGGCAGGCAAGCAGCACCGACGCCUAGAGCGGAUGUGGAGUGUGGACCGGAUGACUGGGCUGGAGAGAGAGGACACUAACUGGUUUCCAAAGGAAAACAUGUUCAGCUUCCAAACAGCGACGACAACAAUACAGGCGAUAUCGAACUUCCGGAAGCAUCUUCGGAUGGUGGGCAGCAGGAGGAUUAAAGCGCAGACAUUCGCUGAGCGUAGAUCCAAGAGUUUCAGCCGUUCCUGGAGUGACCCCACCCCAGUCAAGACUGAUUCUCCUCAUGAGGCAAAAGACAGUGGAGACCUGCAGACUCCCAUUAAUGCCCUGGAAGAUGGAGCGCUUGAAGAUGCCCUAGACUGGGAGGAGGAGAAGGAGAUGGAGAGGAUGGCGUGUGAAGGAGAUGACUUUGUUCCUCCCAAAAUAAUGCUGAUAUCCUCCAAGGUUCCCAAAGCGGAGUACAUUCCCACCAUAAUCCGCAGGGAUGAUCCGUCCAUCAUCCCUAUUCUCUAUGACCAUGAACAUGCAACCUUUGAUGACAUUUUGGAGGAAAUAGACAAGAAGCUCACAGCGUACAGGAGAGGAAGCAAAUUCUGGAGGAUGCUUAUCUUCUGUCAAGGAGGCCCUGGUCAUCUUUAUCUGUUGAAGAACAAAGUGGCAACCUUUGCUAAGGUGGAAAAAGAAGAAGACAUGAGCCAGUUUUGGAGGAGAUUGAGUCGCUUCAUGAGCAAAAUCAACCCCGAGCCAAAUGUGAUCCACAUAAUGGGAAGCUAUGUUCUGGGAAACCCUAACGGAGAAAAGCUGUUCCAGAAACUGAAGAAUCUGAUGAGGCCAUAUUCUGUUGAGUUCGAGUCACCGCUGGAGCUAUCUGCCCAGGGCAAAGAGAUGAUUGAGAUGUACUUUGAUUUUCGUCUCUACCGCCUUUGGAAGACUCGCCAACACUCUAAACUCUUGGACUACGAGGACCUUUUGUGA